UGAGAACUGAGGGGUGAUAAUGAACUGAAGACUGAGCGGCGUAAUGAGCUGAGGACCGAGGGGCAGCAAGGAGCCGAGGAGUGAGGGGCAGCAAGGAGCCAAGGCCUGAAGGGCGGUAAUAAACUGAGAAUUAAGGGUUGUAACGAGCUGAGGGCAGUAACGAGGCUGUUGAUUGUCUAAUUCAAGUUGUGUUCGCUCACUUUUGUCAUCACAUGCAUUGAAACAGAAUUUGAAAACUCGUUAAAAUAAGUACGAUGAUGUUACUCAAGGCUGGAAUCGCAAUAGUUAAAGCAAGAGCCGGAUGAGUUGAUUGGGGCCUUAACGAGUUCUGGAUUGACACAGUCUGCUGACUUGUCCCGUCCACAGCAAAAAUAAAAAUCGCAGUGAUGGCAUCUGGUUGAUGAUAAGAUUGUCCAUCGUAUUGUGGAGGUCCAGCUGCUGACUUGUAGGCAAAUGGACUUCCUGGGGCUGUGUCCUUCUCUCCAUCACCAGAACUGCAAAUGUUUCUCAGCUACAAUAUAUCAAAGCACUUACAGGUCAGCAACAAAGUGAACUCCACCGGAUUACUUCCAACUUCCAUACAUGGAUUUCAGUGGUCAGCAACAAAGUGAACUCCACCGGAUUACUUCCAACUUCCAUACAUGGAUUUCAGUGGUUCAAUGGAAGUUGCAACAUCAGAGGAACUUGAAGCUGCUGACUGUCCUAUCAAGGAACAAGAUAACAGUGCUCCCACCCAGAAGUACAGUGAUGGUGGCUACGGAUGGGUGGUUUUAGCCUCAUGCUUCAUUACAACAGGGCUGACAUCGAGCUUUGUGAGAUCAUUUGGAAUCUUUUUCCUUGAUAUCCAGAAGUACUUUGAAACACUUGCCUUUAAGGUUUCCUGGAUCAAUGCAAUUACCGUGGCAGUGUUUCAUUUGAGCUCCCUGUUAGCCAGUGCACUCCAUCUCAAGCUGUCCCACAGAGUCAUUGCCAUGAUCGGUGGGAUACUCUCCAUGCUAGGACUGCUCCUCGGAUCCUUUGCCUUCAGUCUGAACUGGAUGUAUUUCACUACAGGUUUUCUCUUGGGUUUGGGGAAUGGAUUUGCUUGGAUUUCCUCUGUAAGCCUGAUCAAUCAGUACUUCACGGAUCGGAGGCCAUUAGCAAAUGCCCUCUCUAGUGCUGGAGAAUGUGUCUUCCUCUUCAUCCUAACACCAUUCCACCAGUGGCUUAUCGACUCUAUGUCCUGGCAACAAGCAUUGAUGAUCAUUUCGGGAAUCCACCUGAACAUCUGUGUCUGCGGAGCUCUAAUGCGGCCCUAUCAUUUACAGAAAAAAUGUCAAAAUUCUGCAUCAUCAUUUGCCGCCACUUUUAGAAAAGAUUCAUGUUGCAAAAGUCUGGAGCAUGAGAAGAUAUCUGCUUCUUUUAUAGACUUGACUCUUCUGAAGCAGCCAAAGUUCAUUUGUAUGAUCUUCUUUGGGGUUUUCUCUGUGCUGGGCCUAUUCAUUCCUCUCAUCUAUUUAGUUCCUCAUGCUCAAGACAUUGGGAUUGAGGAUUUAAAAGCAGCUCUUUUGAUGUCUUGCUGGUCAGUAGCUGACCUCAUUGGAAGACUCGGAUGUGGUUGGUUUGCCAACCUGCGGCUCUUGAAAUCAAUCCGCCUUGCAGUGAUAAUGACUACUGCUUUAAGUGUGAUUUUAUUGCUUUUCCCAUUAGCUAAGAAUUAUACCUCACUUGUCAUCUUCAGCUGUGUAUGUGGAUUCUUCGUUGGGACCACAAUGGCCCUUCUUGUCACACUAAUAACUGAUGUGCUGGGAGCUAACAAACUGAGCAGUGCACUUGGGCUGAUUAUGUUCUUCAGGACUAUUGGGUGCCUUAUAGGUCCACCCUUGGCAGGGUUACUGGUGGACUGGACCGGAGUUUACAGCACUACGUUCUUUCUUGCUGGAGGAGGGAUGUUGAUUGCAAGUUGCUUUCUCAUCCCAAUUGACUACUACUUGACUUGUGGACAGAAUUCCAUUCAAGACACAGGAAGGGAGAUGGAAACUUUUAUUUCUCAAGGCCAAUCUCAGGAAGAAGCAGAGAAAGAGAAACUUGGCAGCGACAGAACAGAAGAUUCAGCAUCGGAACUAACAAAUGCAGUGUCUGAAUGAAGGUCAAUGCAAUGUUUAGAUUUUCCCUUUGGAUGAACCUCCCUUUGGGGAAUCGACUUCCCUUGUAACUCAGUGGACAAUACAUCAGUACGCAAAAGCUUGCAAGUUCCAUGAAAUGUAUUGAAGCUCAGAUCACCAGUUUGUCAUGGGUUUUCAGUAAGUGCCUUACACAUGAUUUUAAAGAUCAAUUAUCUUAUGGCUUCAAUAAAGCAGAUGUUUUUUGUGGGGGGUUGGGGGAUUUUUUUUCAUCAUCCCCCCCCCCCCCCCC